UUUAGUUAUCAAACAAAUGCUCACUGCUUGUGGUUGUUCUUGUCAGGGAGUGUUCUUCCCAUUUAUAGAUCCUACUGGGAACUCGAAAGUGAUUGAUGAUGCUGCUUAUAUAAGAGAAGAUGAAAAGAAUGAUGAAAGAGUUGGUCGUGUUGUUGAUCUGCUAAAUAAGAAUCAAGACUGGACCCAGUUCACUUGGGAACUUGAGCCGAAGCCUCAUAAUUUCAUGUUAUCUGAUGAAGAAGAGCUUGAUGAAGACGAAGCUGCCCCAGUAUCACCUGUGAGGGAACCACCUGUUGAUGCAAGAAGGGGGAAGCGCAAGAUAAAUGAUCCUGGUUCCGAGUCUAGAAAGAAGAACAUGCUUUGUCAAAGAGCGGCUGAGCAUAACAGCGGUGUAUCAAGUGAAAUGAAGAGUUUCAUGGAAGGUUUGUUGACCUCUUCUUUCAGCUCUUUAAAGGAAGUGUUGCAGAAGGACAUACAAGAGCAAUUUCAGAAG